AUGGAAAUGACUGAGUUCUUCAUCAGCGAAGUAAUCGAGUGCUCACGGUCGUGUCCGCAUGAGUGCAUUUGUUACGAGAAUGCCGACCUGGUGGACUGUCGUGCCCGUGGGUUCGAGCAUGUUCCCAGGGGCCUCCCGCACGGCAUAUGGCUUCUGGAGCUGGGAGAAAACAAUCUGAGCGAGAUUGGCACCCGAGCCUUUACUGGACUGUGGUCCCUGCGGGUGUUGGUGCUCACCAACAGUCAGAUACAAGAAAUCCAACCACAGGCAUUUUUCUCAUUGUCCUUCCUGGAGAAGCUAGAUCUGAGCUGGAACCAGUUAAAAUCUCUCCCUGUUGACUUCUCCACAAGUCUGUCUGCUCUCAAAGAAUUGCGUCUGGAGCACAACAACUUACAUCAUAUAUCUGGAUACAGUUUUGAAUAUCUGGACAACAUGGAGAAGCUGGACCUCAGUCAUAACCAACUGGCAUCAGUGGGCCCUGGUGUGUUCAGGGGUCUCUCCAGGCUCAGACAGCUCUACCUGCACAACAACAGAUUGUCCGUGGUUCAGCAGGGUAGCCUGGAUAUGCUGCCUGGACUAGAGGUGCUCCAGCUGAGUAAUAACAACAUAUCUCAUAUAGACAGUGAUGCUUUGGCUCCUCUCUACAGUCUGGCAGUUCUGGCUCUGGAGGGAAAUAACCUGCAUCACCUCAAGUUUAAAACGUUCAUCAGCCUGCAUACAACAGCUACACACAUUCAGCUGUCAGGAAACCCGUGGAGCUGUGACUGUGAUCUACAUCGCGUUUUUAGCAAGAUCUUGCACGUUCGCCAUCUCCAUAUUGACGACUACCGCAACGUGACGUGCCAGGAUCCGCCGCAGCUGGUCGGGGCUUCGCUGGCCUGGGUGGACAGCCAGCUCUGCAUUGCAGAGACCGCCACUGUGCUCGUCAUCACUAUCACCGUGCUGGUCACUGUGGUGGCAGCUCUGGUGAUGGCGGAAAGGACCAGGAAGAGGAACCAAGGAAAGAACUGGGAUACUGAGUCACAUACGCAAACUCAGAGCCCCCCAUCCUGA